ACCGACGCAUGUUUUUAAGAAACAGAACCAGCUGCUCUCCUUUAAAACGGCAUGUCACAUACUGCACGGGACAAGAAGCAACCUUAUUCUGAAAGGAACACAAAUGGGAGAUUACCAAAUGUUUGGAGCUGUCAAGGUUUUGCAGUGUCUGAAAUUAUGAUCGAGUAGGUACACCAAACCUGUCCAGAAUAGCAGUCAAAUGAAAGACAGCGCGACACGGGAUUUUUUUGUCAAGCAAGUAAACAGAAAGAUGUGGUGAAAUGGAAUUGACAGUCAACAUCUGUCUCCAAAUCUGUUCGAGCUGAAGGUGGAGCAGGAUUUUCGGGGGGCUCUCUGUGAGGCUUUUGCUGUCCUCUGCAACGCAACGAGGAGGAUGAUCUGUGCCCUACAUGUGAUUGUCAUGUCUUCGGCGUUUUUCAAUCCCAGUUUUGCCUUCAGUUCCCACUUUGAUACAGAUGGGGCUCCACUGAGCGAGCUGUCGUGGCCUUCAUCCCUGGCGGUGGUAGCUGUCUCCUUCUCUGGCCUCUUCACCUUCGUCUUCCUCAUGCUGGCCUGCCUCUGCUGCAAGAAGGGCGACAUAGGCUUCAAGGAGUUUGAAAACACUGAGGGAGAGGAGUACCAGGCAGAUCUCUCCGCCCUGGCCUCGCCUUCCUCCCAGAAUGGCCCUGAGGUCUACAUCCUGCCCCUCACUGAGGUCUCCCUGCCUGUCUCCAAACAGCCUGGCAGAUCCAUCCAGCUGCUGAAAUCAUCAGACCUUGGCCGCCAUAGUCUACUCUAUCUAAAGGAAAUUGGACAUGGCUGGUUUGGCAAGGUUCUGCUGGGCGAGGUCAAUGCGGGCCUCAGCACCACCCAGGUGGUGGUCAAGGAGCUGAAGGCCAGCGCCAGUGUCCAGGAUCAGAUGCAGUUCCUGGAGGAGGUGCAGCCAUACCGAGCCCUCCAGCACCCUGCCCUCCUGCAGUGCCUGGCACAAUGCUCAGAGGUCACUCCUUAUCUGCUGGUCAUGGAGUUUUGCCCUCUGGGUGAUCUAAAGAGUUACCUGCGCAGUUGUCGAGUGGCUGACUCCGAGACUCCUGACCAUCUGAUCCUCCAGCGAAUGGCGUGUGACAUUGCCUCAGGGCUUCUGCAACUCCACAAAUACAACUUUAUACACAGUGACCUGGCCUUGCGAAACUGCCUGCUAACUUCAGAAAUGUCAGUUAAGAUUGGAGACUAUGGCCUUUCUCACAGCCGAUACAAGGAUGACUAUUAUGUCACACAAGAUCAGAUAUGGGUGCCCCUGCGCUGGAUUGCACCUGAGCUCAUAGACGAGGUCCAUGGAAACCUUUUGGUCGUUGAUCAAACCAAAUCCAGCAACAUAUGGUCAUUGGGGGUGACUGUGUGGGAGCUGUUUGAGCUGGGAAACCAGCCGUACAGACACUACUCUGACAGACAGGUGCUGACAUAUGCUGUGAAGGAACAGCAGCUCAAACUGCCAAAGCCCCUGCUCCAGUUCCCCCUGGCUGAGCGCUGGUAUGAGGUGAUGCAGUUCUGCUGGCUGCAGCCCGAGCUGAGACCCAGCAGUGAGGAAGUCCACCUCCUGGUGACAUACUUGUGUGCCAAAGGUUCCAGUGAGGCUGAGGAAGACUUUGAACAACGUUGGAACGCCUUGAGACCCAACUUGCUUGGCAGCACCUCCCACACAGCUACAUCUACAGCACUAGUCCUGACCCCCACGCCAGCCUCAGCUGACGUCCCCAGUCCAGACCAAACUCAGGCGGUGGAGCUGGCCUCCUCCGCCUCGUCCUCCUUUCCCCUCCUCGAACACUUCUCUGACAGCUUCCACUCUGACACAGGGGAUGACCUGCUGACAGUCACGGAGACCAGUCAUGGUCUCAACUUUGAGUACAAGUGGGAGCAGGCUCGAGCUGAGCAGCCCUACUGCUCCUCCUCCACCAGUGGGCCACUGGGUCAGGGCAAUCCAUAUUACCAGGAUAUCUACUAUUCAAGUAAAGGAAGCACCUCAGGGGGCUGCAAGACUGACAGGCUGACCUCAGGCAUAUCUCCAUCUUACUAUGAGCCUGAACACCCGGGUGUGGUCCCAGUGUUGAGUGCCCACAGCCCCUCGGUCAGCAGCGAGUACUACAUUCGCAUAGAGGAGCCAGUGGAGUGCAACAUUAACCUUGAUGACAGCGUGGUGGACUACAGCCCUGGACUGGAGGCCAGCAGCAGCAGGUUGUCCUCAGAGAGUCGGACAGGUUCAUCCAUAGCACAGCCCAGUGCUUACUGGUCAACUGACAACAAAUCUACUGUCUAUGACUCUGAUUCAAGCCCCACUGUCCAACUAACCAUGGAGCCACUGCUGAGACAGUCAUCCAGCACCAGCCCCGUGAAGCCGGGCCACUCACACAGCUGCUUCUCCAGUCAGGACGACACAGUCUACUGUGAACAGUCAUCAGCGUACAAGUCACGCCACUCCUGUCUGUCUGAUCUGGAUACAUCGCCAGAGUCCAGAACAAAUUUUCUCCACCCAGUGGUGCGUUUAGAAAACCCUCGCAGUUUGUCACAAGCAGUCAGCAGCCCCAGUUUAGGAUUCUGUGAUCCCUACCUUGAAGCGAGCACAGGUCGUAGCGCGGUUAAUGAAAGCUGUCAUAAUAUGAUGGGUCCCCUCAGAAAGACACUACCCAUUGUUAACCACAUUAGCAUUGAUGUAGGGACAGACGACGGCCUGCUGGUGGGCCGGCAGAGAGGCAACGAUAUUGAAGAUGACCUUUUCUCUGAGGGAGAAGCCACUAAUUGGACCUCAAACCAUUCAGCAAACAAUAACAGCCUGAGCUUUGACAGCAGGCAGACAGGAAGUGGGCAUGAUGGCUAUCUGGACGUUCAAUAUACAGCUCACUCUAACUCAACAGAUUUGUGGUCUUUAACCAAGGCCACCACCAGAACCUUUCACAGCUCUAGGUCUUGUGGCACCUUGGAAGCAGAAGGAGGUUGUAACGCUGCUAGCAAGCCCUCUGAAUUAGGUUCAUACAUUCACUUGUGUCACAAAGAAAAAGAAGAAGCUGCCACUAAAGCAGAAAAGAACUUAACUGCAGAAAAUCUAAGAAGUAUUGAUUCUCUUACCAGCUCAAGUACUAAUGCCAGAGGAACAGAAGGUGGAAAACUAGAGGGAAAAUAUGAAAACCAAUUGUUGUUCAAUGGAGAGAGACUGUUCUCUGAGCCUAAGAUAAUACCUGAGGUGAGCUACAUAAAGUCCCCAUCCUCUUUCAAGGAGACUCAGGCUGGUCAAACUGGAGGCUUGUCAGACAAGCAGCGAGGAAGCAUGUGGGAGGGUGUCUCAAUGGGAAUCUCAACAGGAAUCUCUGUUGGUCUUGGAGACAAGAGGCUAAAGUAUCAGGAGACAUCAGAGAGUACCAGAGCGUUGGACAGUGGAGUGGGGGUCAGAGACUCCAGCAUUAGUCUGGUUGAGCUUGGUGACUACAGUGAAGACGAUGACGAUGACAUCACAGAUAUCACGUCAGGGAUCUUUGCUGACUUCAACCUGGACUACGCUGAGGUAGAUGAGGAAGAACUGAGCCCAUUGAAGCAUCAAGAGGGAACUCCUGACUCUGUAGACACCCUUAACCUGUCCUCGUCAAUGGCAAGCCCCUGUGACCAGGCCUUCAGCCCUGAUCCCUUCAAUACUCCGGUCCUACCCAAAUCCCUGGACAGUGGCUAUGACACAGAGAACAAUGAAUCUCCAGAGUUUCUCUUUAAAGAGCUUGGAGAUCCCCGAGGUGGUGAGAGGAGCCCUACACUGGGUGGAGAACCUGAACUAGUUCUGCAGGUUGGCUUGGGCCAAGCAGUCUGCACUUCCACAAGCACAUCAGAGCUACAGCUAAAAGGCUUGACUGAUAAGAACCCAUACAGGGACUCAGCCUAUUUUUCUGACUAUGAUGCUGAGAAUGAAAAGAGCCCUCAAGAGGAGGGUAGUAAAUUCUUUGCAGGUCCAGGAUGUGACUUUCCUGCUGAGAAACUGAGCUCUUUUAGAGAUGAUUAUCUUGUCGAAAGGCAUUUGAACCACGAGGAACAGUUAACAAAUCUGAGACACAUCAAAAAUUGUGUUUUGGUGAAUCUCUCAGAGGCUGACUCUAGUUCACACCAUCCCCUGCCCACCCCUGGGUUGUCCAUGUUGUCACCGUUUCCUCCACAGAUGGGCGGCUGCCUGACUAAAGAAUCCGCCCCUGCUGAUGAUGAUCUUGGGUUGGAGACAGAGCACUCAGGAGAAGAGCCGUCCUCAGAGCUUAGCUCCUCCAUUGGGUCUGAAGCCUCUGCCACUGUCCAAGAAGCAUCAGGAAACCAUGAGGAGGGGAACAGAGGAGAAGAUUGCUCCCCUGUGCAGUCUCUGCAUUCUGGCUCCACCAUAAUCGACUACAAAGAUGAGGCCUCCAAAGAAAAUGAAAACAGCGACAGAUCCACUGAGGAGGAGCUGCCCGAAUUCAAUCACAUCAAGGAAGAGACAGAGGACAGAAGGGAGGGUGUGAGAAUAAAUGAGGAGGACUUUGAGGACAUAGACGCAGAGGAAUGUGACUCACAGGACAGCUUGUGUGAAGAGUCCAAUGGUCCCGUCGACCUGUCUUCUUCCUCGUCAUUGUUGGAGCUGUGUGGAGAAGACGUGAGAGCUCCGCUGGAGGAGGCGGAGGAUGAAGAUGACUCAGAUGACAGCGAGUCGGAUGAAGAGUUGAGGACCUACAACAUUCAAGAUGAAGACAGUGAGGAGAGUGAGGAGGAUUUCAGUUCAGUGCCAGUGGUGGUAAGCGACUGCAGCAGGGCGAGACACCUCCGCAGCCUCCUGAAGAUGCCCACACUGCUCACACAGUCCUUCUGUGAUGAGCUGGAGAGGAAGAAAAAAGUGGUGUCUUUUUUUGAUGACGUUACGGUGUUCCUUUUUGACCAGGAGAGCCCCACGGGAGAGCUGGCUGACUACGCCUUCUCCACAGGAACAGAGUCCAGUGAACAGGAAUCUCUUGAAGAAAAAAACACUGACCACCAGCUGCAACCUGACCCUGACCUUGAAGCUCAAUCCUGUGAAACAUUCUGUGUUUCUGAAGAAAAGGAUAGGAACAACUCGGAGGAAGGUGGGGGUUAUGAAUGGGAAGACGACCUCUCGUUCGAGCCCCGUCCAUGCUCACCUGAUACGGUCCCUGAGCCCCAGUCCUUAAAUACAUCCACCUCCAACAGUCCUGAGACUCCUAAACCUGCAGCUGUAGCACUUAACCGUUUUAUGGUCUCACGAUUCUCUAUCACACAUGUCUCCGACCCUCACAUGGGCUCUGCAACAGGGAACAGUCCAGAAGAUUGAGUGCCCCACCACGGACCUGACUGGAGGAGGACGAGUCCUGAUCCCUCUCAACACAGAUAAGCAGCAUAUUAUAUCUAGAUGUUUUACAGAGUUUUAUUUUUAUCAACAUUUUGGGCAUCUGACCCUGGUGACCCUUUAUGAGACAGUGCCUCAUAUUGUAGUGAAAGACCCUCAAUGAUUUGCACCUCUUUGGUUUGCUUUUUUUCUUUUUGUGAAAAAAGAGAUAGCUGCUCUUAAGGCAACCUGAGUGAGACAACCAGGAGUGGAUACAAAAUCCAAUCAAAUUGUUUGCAGAAAUAGAAAUCAUCCGUUUCAAAAUACAGUAUAUGACGAUAACUUCUUUGCUUGAUGCAGCAUUGACUUCUGUUGGUGCCCUUACAGUAGGGCUGCACAAUAUGAUGAGAAUAUGCGAUUAUGUCAUUGAAUAUUGUGAUAAUUAUAAUACCUGUGAUAAACACAUUAAAGUGUUCGCACUUUUGACUCAGACUUGCACAAUGCAUAUUUUUUGUGCCACAUAUUUUCUCCUGUAUCCAAAACUUGCCAGAUGGCAAACAUGUUUUUAUUUAUUUUUUACUCAUUUUCGUCACUCAUGGUGUAACACGUAGCUGACCAUGCCGGGUAGUACAGCAGAACAAGUCUAAUAAUCCUCAUGCACCUGUUUGCAAAUUCUACCUGUUUGCAAAUUCUGAUCAGUCAGAUGAUGCCUAAUGGCAAGGGCAUUGUCUAAUAGGCCAGAGAGUUAACAGCAUGGCACGUCAGAAAAAAUAGCACCCUAAGACAUAAUGUAAUACAUUUUACUAUUUACAAAUUGCAAUAUUGCAGUUCAUAUCACAAUGACAAUUUAAAAAAAAAACAACGAUAUAUUGUGCAGCCCUACCUUACAGGUACUUUGAUUUGUGGCUUUAAAAGAAAAUAUAUAAAAACAAAACAGAAAACAUGAAAACAUAGCUGCUCCUCUCAUUGGCUGCCUUGGUCCAUCUGCUAAUCAUUGAUCUGGCAUUUUUAAAGACUGUUGCAGUUCACAUUGUUUGAGCCCAAGAACAAUGGUUUAGUAUUGUUGUGGUGGAUUUCCAAACACAAAAUCUGACUUUUUUUUUUUUUUUAACAGCUGUUGGGGGGGUGGUGGUGAUUGAAGAUAGAGGUGCUGAAAACUAAUUUGUCCUUUUCAACAAGUGAAAUCCAAAUCAUAUUGCUGAUAGUAUGUUAAUAGAAACAUACCAGAGUAAAUCAAGGUGUUGUCCCUCCCUAAUUAUCACCACCACUCACUCACUCUGGUUAAUGCUGACCUACAGUGUAUUUCUACAGUUACCAUAUCUGUCUGAAGCACUUUGUAUAUCCAAACUGGGUCUUUAUUUGUAUAAGUGAUGGCUUUGUUGCUCUUCAUCUCCCAACCCUGGAAUGAAAUAUCUAAACAUGUGAGAUUACUUAUUUGUGUCCACAGUGCCAGCUACAAGUUAACUUUAUUUUGUGGCAUAUUAGCUUUCUUUGACAUUUCAUCAGCAAUAGAGUGACACCAAAGGAAAAGAGUGGUGUUUAAACACAACUAAGCAAUGUCAUUUCACUAUGCCAGUCAUAAAUGUCGGAUAUCAUCUGUUACGCAUCUUUUAUAAGUCUUGCCCAUUGUCUCAUACAUAUUGCAUUAGGUUUGUGCUGAAUGCCUAGGUCUGAGGUGUACAAAUUAAGACAUUCAAAAUCUGACAUAUCUCACAUAUUGUAUGAAUGUUUUACCAACAUGUAGCAGUUAGCUUGACUUGAAUUACUACUGCUGUAUCGACAGCUGCCUCCCCCUCUCUAUAUUUCCGUAGCUCAAAGUGCCAAUUCAGUUUCCUCUCGCCUUGCCUUUUAAGUUCCGCAAGAGAAAACAUUGCGAGUAUUUUUGUACGAUUUGAAAAGAUGCAGUCCAGGCAGACAGUCUCUAAAAUUUGCCAAAGAGAUAUUACAAACCCAUUGGCUAAAGUGGCAGACACCUUUUGGAGAAGGUGAGGUGCGCUGUUCUGUGCACCGGUAGUAACAUUAUUGCUGUUUCCAUUUUCCCCUGUCACUCAUAGCUAUUAUACUAUCCCAAACAAAUAAAUCCAAAUACUUUUUUUUCCCUUCC